AAGCACCACGUGAGCACACCCCUGAAUGCGGAAGUAAAUAGGAAUGUGAAAUGCUACUGUAUGUGCUGAAUGGAUCUGUUUGGAAUGAGAGUUUAUACCAUUAAAAAGUGUCGACUUCAUCUUCAGCAGAGCACGAGGUCGUAUUCUGUCGCGGUGCGACUGCCAUCCCUUCCCCAUGCCUGUUUCUGCAGGCUAUGCACGUCCUAGUCAGAAUGAGCCUAUGAACUCGCUGCGUAUCUCUGUAGGAGGACUCCCGAUGCUGGCAUCCAUGACCAACACCACAGACUCUCGGUUCCGCAUCAAAUGGAAAGCUAUCGUGCUGGUAGCGUCAGCGCUAACCCUUGUCCUCCUCAUCUACAUGCAGUUCUUGCCCUUUCACCCCCGACAUAGGGGCAGACAAGGCACAAGGUUAAGUCAUCCAGACAUCAGAGCAGAACAGGGCUACAACGACACGUACCCGCUGAGCCCGGCAGAACGCACAGAACUGGGCACACGCUACAGGAUCGCCGUCAUCGCGGACCUGGACAUGAACUCGGGUAGUGAAAAGAAGCUAACCUGGUUCAGCUAUAUGCUUAAGGGUCACCUGCUGGUGUCGGAGAGUGGAGAUCGAGUGGAUGUUGAGUGGGAUCAGGAAAGAUCGGUCCUGGAAAGCCACCUAGCAGAGAAGGGUCGGGGCAUGGAGCUCUCCGAAUUAGUCGUCUUCAAUGGGAAACUGUACAGCGUGGAUGAUCGAACGGGCAUUGUGUAUAGCAUUGAAGGACUUAAGGCAGUGCCUUGGGUCAUACUGCCCGAUGGAGAUGGCUCUGUUUCAAAAGGAUUUAAGGCAGAAUGGUUGGCAGUAAAAGAUGAGCAUCUGUAUGUCGGAGGUUUGGGGAAGGAGUGGACCACCACCACCGGAGAGGUGCUCAAUAACAAUCCUGAGUGGGUGAAAUUAGUUGGCUUUCACGGAGAUGUGCAGCACCACAACUGGGUUCCUCAGUACAACGCUCUCUGCAGAGCUGCAGGCAUCAGUCCACCCGUCUUCUCUUUGGUCAUCUCAGGAUACCUCAUACACGAGUCAGCAGCUUGGAGCGACACAUUGCAGCGCUGGUUUUUCCUGCCUCGGCGCGCUAGCAGCGAGCGUUAUGACGAGACCGCCGACGAGCACCGUGGCACCAAUCUAAUGCUUAGUUGCUCACCCGAUUUCCAGAACAUUAAAGUGAGACAGGUGGGACCCCUGAACCCCACCCAUGGCUUUUCUUCCUUUAAGUUUGUCCCCAACACAGAUGACCAGAUUAUUGUCGCCUUAAAGUCUGAGGAGGAUGCUGGAAAAAUCGCCACUUACAUUGUAGCGUUCACCUUGGAUGGGCGAAUACUACUUCCUGAAACUAAGAUUGGGAAUGUAAAGUACGAGGGACUCGAGUUCAUUUAGUGAGGGAUCGUUCAUAUAUUGCGAAUGCCAAGGACUGAGAAAUACUGUCUACUAGAUACGAUGUACAUGUUCAUGUCAUGGACAUUAAGUGUCUGUAUGUGAAAAGAAUUGAAAGCCAUACAAUGAUUUGAAUCUGAAACGUUGCCAGCUAGCAACUGGCAGCCUUUGUCUAGACAUUUGUCCUGGUUAGUUACUGGUUAGUCCUGGUUAGAGACUGAGGCAUUUAACUCUUGCUUCAUAUUUAUUUAAUUAAUAUUCUCAUUACAGUCCUCAUCAAAAUCAGAUUUUUAUUUUAGUUUUAUAUGGCCAGGGACGUCAGACAGGGGGUAAAACCAGUACUGAUUACCAGGGCCCCAAAGAAAGAGAGGGCCCUUGAAAAAGUCUGGAAUAUAUUAUGGGGGUGGGGCAUGGGGGCCCAUCAGGCCUGCCUAUGCAUAGGGCCAGAGAUCUUGUGCAAUGUCCCUGUACAUGCCAGUACUGUAUUUGCCAUGUCAUGAAUGUAAUGAAAUGAAGUGAUAGACCAUAGAAUGCAAGAUCAAAUGAUUUUAAUUCAAAUACACAUCAUUGAGGUUUGCCAUGUGGUUUGUUGAAUGUCAUAUAUUUAAUAGUGUGUGUGUUAUCCACUUUCCUGAUCAGUUGGUAAUGAACUAAACAGAUCAGAUACAUUUAAAAUCAAUCAGCAGUUAAACUCUUGCAAAAUGUUAAAUGUUAGUUUUCCCUGAAGCCUCAUCGCUAGGUUUAUAGUUUUUUAUUUUCUCUGAGAAAUGUCAGGUCAAAGUUAUUUUUUUCUGUUAUUUUGUUCUUUUAAUCAUGUUUAAAAUUAUGUUUUAUCUCAUAAACUGUUUAAAUGGUUUUAGGGAUUUUGUAAAAAAAAAAAAAUCAUAAUAAAGUUAAACUGAGAGGAA